AUGGUACCCCCUCCUACCUAUCCAUAUGGUAUGCCCGCUUGGUAUAACCCGCAAGCUGUCUGUGCUUAUCACUCGGGGGCACCCGGACAUUCCACUUUGGACUGCAAGGCUCUUAAGCAUAAAGUUCAAGAUAUGAUUGAAUCUGGAGAAAUUGUAAUUAGAAAGAGGGAGGCACAAGGGCCGAAUGUAAAUAGGAACCCCUUGCCGGAACACGUUAAUACCAUUGGGGUCAUUCUGGAUGACACGGAGUACGUGGAACAAGUCAAAGAGAUGGCUAGGGAAGCUGAGGUGUUUGGGAUCACAGACCAGCCAUUUGUCAUAGAGUUGCCAUCCGAAGAAGAUAAAAAACCUUUUAUCUUGGAUCUCACACCAACUGAGAGUGAGGCUUUAGAGCCAGUAUUCAUCGAAUUCCCGAAGCAAGAACCUGUUUUAAGUCUGCAGCAAGUGCCAUGGAAUUACGAUGAACCUGUCAUACAGAUUGGGGAGAAGUCAAUUGCAAAGAGGGAAGUGUCAGUGGUUACCAGAUCGGGGAAGACUGCCAGUCCGUUUGAAACUGCCAUUCCGAUUCCAGCAAAUAACUCCGAGCCGCCCGUUAAACCAACAAUCACCGAGAGAGAAGCCUUGGAUUUCCUUAAGAGACUUCAGAGAAGUGAGUACAAUGUAGUUGAAAAGCUGAGCAAGUCGCCUGCCCAGAUAUCCAUGUUAGAUUUACUCUUUUCUUCAGAUAGGCAUAGGGACGCGCUGAUCGAGGUGUUGACCAAAGCUCAAAUCCCUAAGGACAUUUCAGUUGAUAAUUUCUCACAUGUGGUUGGGAACGUAUUAUUCACCAAACAAAUCACUUUCUCUGACGAGGAAUUGCCGGCGGAAGGCAUUGGACAUAACAAGGCCCUGUACAUAGUUGUGAGGUGCAACGGAAAAAUGCUGCCGAAGGUAUUGAUUGACAAUGGAUCCGCUCUUAAUAUCUGUCCCUGGAGCACCUUGGAAAAGUUAGGAUUGCAAGACGUCAAGCUGAGGCCUUCAGGGACCAUAGUCCGAGGUUUUGAUGGAGCGCAAAGAGAGCCAAUAGGAGAAAUUGAUUUAGUAGUUGAAAUGGGGCCCGCCCAGUUUCAAAUAACCUGCCAAGUCAUGUACUUUCUUAGUGUUUACAAUGUUCUACAUGGAAGGCCGUGGAUUCAUAAGUCUGGGGUUGUGCCUUCUUCAUUACAUCAGUUGCUGAAGUUUGUAGUAAAUGACAAGCUGAUAACUAUAUUUGCCGAAGAGGAUUGCCUUGUAAUCACCGAUUCUGGGUCAAAAGAGGAUGGAAGCCGCAAUGUCACCAUGACUCCUCAUAGCACGGCUGACAUCGUCUCUGUAAGUUGGAUCACAAACGAGGAGCGAGCUUUACCAAAGGCCAGUGUCAUGAUGGCCAAAGAAAUGAUCCGUGGAGGCUAUGAAUUUGACAAAGGGCUGGGACGAGAUUUGCAAGGAAUUCUGAAGCCAGUGGAGAUUGUGGAGAAAAAGGAUUCAUUUGGUUUGGGUUUCCGACCGACUGCCAAGGACAUCAGAGAGAUGAAGGAACGCAAGAAAGCGGAGAAAGAAGGAAGGCAAGGGGCUCUUGACAUUCCACCACUGCAUUAUACUUUCCCACGACCAGCCGAGGUGAUCAUGUCGGAAAUUAACCCAGUUGAUGAAAUUGAAGCUAGUUUGGCCCAAUUGUUCGUUGGGGCAACAUUUGAAGAUAGUUUUCCAGACAAAGCUGAAUUUCCUGACAUCCCCGAAGGGUCAAUUCCCAAUUGGACAGCUGAGUUUCUGCCCGUUCGGAAGGAGUUUCGGUAA